GGGCGGGAGCUGCAUGUGUUUCUGGGGCUGGUCUUGCUGCAGAGCAUCGGGUCUUUAAGACCCAGUGGAGUCCAGCAUCUGGGCUGAAGCCGCUGUGCCAUCUGGAGAGUGUUUCAGUCAGACUCACUCUGAGAAUUACACGGGAGGAUCUGACGGACCGCCUGGAACUACAACCACAUCUUGACUGCAGACAUGGCCGGCAAAACCGCCUGCCUUGUGCUUCUCUGUCUACCCGUGAUGCUUCAGGGCCAGUAUCCUGAACAGUACGCCUUACAGCCACCUUUUGAGGAUCAAUAUGGACAGUCUCCGAUACCUCCGACUGAUUAUAACCCAGACUUUGAUUAUACAGAAACACAGUUUGAGACAGAACCAACGGAGCCUGGGCCUCUUGACUGCAGGGAGGAGCAGUACCCGUGCACCAGGCUCUAUUCUGUCCACAGACCCUGCAAGCAGUGCCUCAAGAGCCUCUGUUUUUACAGCCUCCGCAGAGUCUACGUGGUCAACAAGGAAGUUUGCAUCCGCACCAUCUGUGCUCACGAAGAGCUACUGAGAGCCGACCUGUGCCGAGACUACUCAAAGUGUGGUGUGAUGGCCAACAGCGGGCUGUGCGGGCAGAUGGCCUCGUCGUGUGUCAGGAGCUGUGGCUCCUGCUGAGACGGGCGAGGGGGACGGGCGCGAGGACCCCCCAUGGUGCCGGGUCCAGGAGACGAAUCUCCACAUAUAUCGAUAAUAUGCUACAAGUAAUUUUAGAGGAAUCAUUUUCAUAUUUUUCUGUAACUCACGAUGGUGCUGAGAGAUGUUUUUUUUUUUGUAUAAACCUCACGAUUUAAAGUCCGUUCUCGACGCACACGAGACGGUUACUGUUCGGGGAGGGAGACGGGUGAUGUACACCAUAGGAUGCACGUCUCCGAUCCCUUCCCAUUGUCAUGCUAUAUGGAGCAACGUAUUUGCUGUUUCUUCCUGUGGGGUGCAUUAAACUUUAUGACUAGGGUAGCUGGGACAUUGUUGGCCGGCAUGGGCGAGGUGGGCCGAAGGGCCUGUUUCCACACUGUAUCACUCUAUGACCCUCUCCCAGGUACACACAACCAGCAGGUCACACUGACACUGACGCCCCCCCGUGCACAGUCAAGUGUGAAUGAACAUGUUUACUGCCAGCCACAGCCUUCCUGUAACGUUCUCAGGGGCCACAGUACUGUAACCCUCGCCAGCCGGGUGUCUGGGUGAAAUUGUGUACCAGCAAAAAUAGUGGAUUUCAAAACUUUACCAGGAGUUCAAGAUGUCUCAAAAUUUUGUCGAACUUGACUUUAGUUGCAUCUCUUCUUGUUUCUGGAAAAACAAUUUUCAAUUGUACUGAAAUAUCCCUCAGCUGAGUGAAUAAAUUCACACAAUGCAGACUCGAGUGUUGGUCGGUCUCACCACGCCUGCUUGGUUUGUGUAGGAAGGAACUGCAGAUGCUGGUUUACACCGAAGGUCGACACAAAACGCCCCCCCAUUAUCCCAGCACAUACUUUGCUUGGAGGUCUCUCAUGAUGGAAAAUGGCUGAUUAAACUCUGUAUCCAGGUCUACAGGUGAAGAAGGGUUGCUAAGAGCACACUUGCGCAUGGAUACGAAUCGCAAGAGAUUAGAGCCUUAGAGUUUAGUUUUGCUUGUUAUUGUCACAUGUGUCGAGCUACAGUGAAAGGCUUUUUGUUGCGGGCUAACCAGUCAGCAAAAAUACUGUACAUGAUUACAAUCCAGCUGUCUACUGUUCAUAGAUACAGGAUAAUAGACAAUAGACAGUAGGUGCAGGAGGAGGCCAUUUGGCCCUUCGAGCCAGCACCGCCAUUCAAUGAGAUCACGGCUGAUCAUCCACAAUCAGUACCCCGUUCCUGCCUUCACCCCAUGUCUCUUCACUCCGCUAACUUUAAGAGCCGUAUCUAACUAACGUUUAGUGCAAGAUAAAGUUUGAUUAAAGAUAGUUUGAGUGUCUCCAAUGAGGUAGCGGGGAGAUCAGGACCGCUCUCUAGCUGGUGAGAGGACGGUUCAGUUGCCUGAUAACAGCUGGGGAAAAAUCUGUUGGAAAAACCUUGGAAAAUGGCCCAGUUAAAAAAAAAAACGGUUUAAUAAUCAACUACAGCAUUUGGGAAUACUGAAAUUAGAGACAUCUGCUUGUUCAGGACUCCUCGGCAUAAAUGUUCUUGGAAGUACUUUUGGGAAGAGGUGCCACAGUGUAUGUAGCUGAGUGAGAUAUUUCUGUGUAAUCUGAUUCAUAUAACUGGUAUAUUCCGUUUUGUACAAAAAUAAAAAUCACUUAAACACGA